AAAACUGUCAGUUUGGACUGUUCAGUUAUAACUGACAGUUUUAACUGACGUGUGUGGGACCAUCAGUCUCAGUUCAACAGAACUGCGCAGUUCGACUGAAGGAAAUAGAAAAGUUAAAAGUUUUAACUGUCAACUGUGGCUGUUUGACUGAGAACUGAGCGUGUGUGGGGCUUAACUGCGCAGUCCUCAGUUGACUUUCAGAUUGGACGGAAACACCAUGUGAGGGAAACACUUUACUUUUGGUAACGUUUCGUACAGAGUACUUCCUCAGAAGUACUCUGUACGAAACGUUACCAAAAGUAAAGUGUUUCCCUCACAUUUUGCUUUCUGUCCAUUCUGUCUUAACUUAUUUGUUUGACUUUCAGAUCUCAUAGUGUUUCUUUUCUUUCAGUGAUCCAAAACAGUAAUUAUGUCUAGAAAGGAGAAUCAAACCAUUGCAGACUUUAUAGAAAUUUAUAAAGAUGAACCUUGUCUGUGGAAGAUUAAAUCUGAAGAUUAUCACGAUCGAACUAAGAAAGAUGCAGCAUAUGCCAAAUUAUGUGUUAAAUUGCAAGAAAUUGAGCCUGGUGCUACAAAGAAAUCAGUGGUUGCAAAAAUCAAUAGUCUCAGAUCCGCCUUCAGAAAAGAGAGAAAAAAAGUACAAGAUUCAAAGAAGUCAGGAUCAUCUACCGACAGUAUUUAUAGAACAAAUCUUUGGUAUUAUGGUCUCAUGGAUUUUCUUCAUGAUCAAGAAGUUCCAAGAAAAUCAACAUCGAACUUGGACAUUGAAACUAAUCAGGAUUCUCAUGAGCAUUCUCAUUUGGCGGAAGAGGAAGGUUUGAAUGAAGGGAGAGACAAUAAUGAAUCAACAAAUGGUACUGUGGAGCAAGUGACAGACAUGUCAGAAGUACAAGGAAAGUAUGCUACCGGUUCACGCCCUGGUGCCAGUAAGAGGAAGAUGCAAAAUUAUGAUCUGACGGCAGAAGUUCUAACAACGAUGCGAGACCAUUUCAAGAAACCAAACAAAGAAGUACCUGAUCGUUAUGAAUUGUUUGGAAAAACAGUAGCCUGUAGGUUGCGAGGGAUGAACAAACAUUUGGCAUUAAUUACUGAAAAGAAAAUAAAUGACAUACUAUUUGAUGCAGAAAUUGGUCAAGUUCAUUCACCAUCAGGCAGUUAUCCAUCAUCUACUCCAAGUCCAUAUAAUAACGCGUGUACUGCACCAUCUCCAUCUCCAACAUUUGAGCGAAGCGCUUUGACGAAUCUUCAACAUGGAGCACCUGGUUAUUCUAUCGCGCAUUCGGAGGAUUCGGUGGCAACCUUCUUCUCUCAAUAUAAUCCUAAUAUGUGAUGUGUCGACUCAUGACAUAAUUGCAAAUAGCAUAUAAAAUACUUAUAAAUGCAAUAAAGUUAUGAAAGGAAGCCAUAUUACUUUUGCAAUAUCUGUAUUCACUUAAAGGAAUGUGAUGUUCUUAUUUCCAUGGACCAAUGUAGUACCUAAAUAUUUUACUUGUGUGAUUACAUUGAUGUAAUUGAGUUACAUAGAAGAUUAAUAGAAUUUUUUUUUCCAUUUCAUUCCAUUAAUUUUGUUUUUGCACACUUAUAAGAAUGGGAUGUUCUUAUUUUCAUGGACCAAUCUAAUGCCUAAAUAUUUUUACUUGUGUGAUUACAUUGAUGUAAUUAAAUUACAUAGAAACAUUAAUAUAACUUUUUAAAUUUUGUUCCAUUAAUUUCGUUAUUGUACAACGAAAAGUACUUGAACAUGAAUUGGCAAAUCACAGGAAAUUUAAGUAUUUGUGCAAUGUCACUAUUUGUUUUUCUAAAAUGGUAAAUAAAUUUAUAAAAUACAUACCUGCAUAUACAUCCGCAAAACCUGGAACAAUGCGUCGCACGUUUCAGGGAUGAUUUUUCCAAGAGCUUGAGGAGAUAUUCUAGUGGAGAACUUAAGGCACUCAUAUGAUCGUCCUGUCACUAGAAACCUUAAGGUAGCUGUUAGUCUUUCAUGAGGCGAUAUUGCACUGCGCAUUAUUGUAUCUUUCUUUUUAAUGAAAGGAGAUACCAGGGAAAGCAAUUUUUGGUACACAUUUUCACUCAUUCGUUGGUAAUUUUGAAAAUCUUUUGCUUCAUCACUUAUUUCUCUCAGUAAUUGAACAUCAGAAGAUUUAUUUCGCCUCAGCAACCACUUCUUGCACCACUGUUUGCGCUUCUUAGUGUUUUUUUUUUCCUAUUUUCUUGUGCCAUUACUAGUAAUACCCCGAGCGCUGCUAGAUCGUCCUCCUCGGAAUCCAUGGUUAAACUGAACGAUUCAACUGUACGUCUGUGGACUUGUCAGUUGACAGUUAAAACUGUCAGUUAUAACUGAACAGUCCAAACUGACAGUUUUAACUGCACGUGUGUGGCCGGCCUU